AUGAGCAACUUUCACAAUCAACAACAAACACCUGUAUCAUAUCCACCACCAGGUGAAGCUUAUUCUACAUCUCAAUAUGUUACUGCUCCACCACCUAUGGGUUACCCUUCCAAAGAUGGUUCUGAAGGGUACCCCCAGCAAAGGAUUCCUGAUCAAACCACAAGUAGGGGUGAUGGUUUCUGGAAGGGAUGUUGUGCUGCUAUAUGUUGCUGCUGUGCCAUAGAUAUCUGCUUUUAA